AUGAGCGCCGACGUCAUCGAUUUGUUGUUUUGCUUGUGCUACACGCGUGACGCUGGCUGCUUGACCGCGACCUCCACCACGGACACGGCACAACCCCUGCGAGGCGCGCGGUCCGUGAGCUGCAGUGAUGGUUCCCACGGUCUCCGUCUCCAAACCCCGGCAUCUCCGUCGUGGCGCCGGGCGCAGAGCAGGCACGCUCGCAGCAGCCCGGAUGGCCACCCCGCUCCAUGCUCCACGCUGUCUCGUCCCGCCGGCUGUCAGGCUCGGGCCGUGCAUCAGAACCGGGUCGGCACUCGCAGGGAGGACGGAAUUGCACGAGUAAGCACACAGGCGUUUCUGAUCCACAACCUGCAGCGUAGCCUCUGCCUGGAGGAGGUGUCCGGCAGCGGGGAGGUGGUGGGCAGGGAGUGCAGCCUGGACUCGGACUCUCAGCAGUGGCUCUGGGAGGACCGCACUCGGCUGGUGAACGUGCAGACCUCCAGAUGUCUGUCGGCCCGUCACCUCCAGCCUGUGCGCACCGAGGCCUGUCCUGAGGCGGGGGAGCAGGGGCUGAAGGGGGUCCUGGAGUGGGACUGUGACCGGGAGAGACUGAUCAGCAGGAACAACUCUCUGCUGCUGUCUCUGAGCGGACGGAAGGUGCUGCUCACUGACGACAACAAGAACGUCCGCCACGACUCCGUGAAGCUGAUCAAGUUCGCGGACGACACCACCCUCAUUGGACUCAUCUCCAACAACGAUGAGUCCGCCUACAGGAGGGAGGUGGACCGGCUGGUGUCCUGGUGCAGUGGUAACAACCUGGAGCUGAACGCCCAGAAGACAGUGGAGAUGAUUGUGGACUUCAGGAAGAGCACUGUCCCCCCACCCCCACCCUCCGUGAUGGACUCCCCCAUCACCUCUGUGGAGUCCUUCCGUUUCCUGGGCACCACCAUCACCCAGGACCUCAAGUGGGAGCCGACCAUCAGCUCCCUCAUCAAGAAGGCCCAGCAGAGGAUGUACUUCCUGCGGCAGCUCAGGAAAGCCAAGCUGCCUGCACAGAUGUUGGUGCAGUUCUACACGGCCAUCAUCGAGUCCAUCCUCACCUCCUCCGUCACCGUGUGGUUCGCUGGAGCCACAGUCAGGGACAAAUAG